AUGCUUGAAUCCGACGGCGACUACGACAACCAACACGCCUCAAAACGUCCCAAGCUCAAGCGGAAAUCCCACACGAAAUCGCGAACAGGGUGCUCGAUUUGCAAAGCACGUCGUAUCAAGUGCGAUGAGGUACAACCGCAUUGUGCGAAUUGCGUGAGGCAUGGAUCGCAAGAGGAGUGUGACAUCGAGAGUACGAUGCGGAAGGGUGAAGACGAGCGUGAAGAAGGAGAAGGAGAGGAUAGAGGAGAUGAGAGGAAGGAGGUCUUGGUACUUGGUUUUGGUGGAGGCUCCGAGGGCGUGGUGAAGGCACCUGCCCGCAGAGCAUCGGCUACGGUUAGUCAUGAUGAUGGACCGAUCAGGAAGAGACGUGCGGUUGAAGGAUCUCGAUCUGUUGCUUUGACUGUGUCGCCCAGCACGAGUACGGGAACAGCAGCACUGGCACGCUGGACUUCUGCAACGAUCGAUAGUGCGUCGAAACGAUUGCAGAACGCCGCUAUGGGAAUUGGUUCCACGGAUGGAAUAUUACACCCAGUGGUGAAUACGACUUCUAUCUUUGGAGCGGCUACGACGAACGGUUUCGUGAACACUGCGAUACCCACUGAACCCGCACAUAGCAACUUCACCAAUCUAUCACCACCAGGACCGUCAUCAGCCAUCUUCAAUCUUUACUUCACCACCCCAACAAACCUCACAAUAUCCCCAACCGCCCUAUGCAUCCCCCCAUCCCCCCUCCAACUCUCCCAACUCGCCACCGCCUCUCCAACACCCAGCCUCACCCCAGGCGGCGGCUACCUCUCCCACCUCCGCCUCCUCCACAACUACAUCUCCCGCACAGCACAUACCCUCGCAGACCCACACACAUCCGGCCUCUGGCUCCACCAAAUCCCCGACCUCGCAUUCGGGUCAUCCACACCCGAUGGGGGAAACAGUCUCAUGCACGCAAUCCUAGCCCUCUCGUCCGCCCAUCUCGACACCGGCAAUUCAGCACCGCAUCCAAGCGCACUGACUCUCCAUCAUCGUACCUUUGCCUACACCACCUUCCACCAAACCCUCAUCUCACCUACUCCGUCUACCGCGGCUAUACUCAUGCUCACUUCCAUCGCACUCGCGAUCUUGGAAGUGGCGCUUACGCGAUGGAAUUCGAACACCAGUCCAAACGCAUAUGGAGAGGGUAUAGCGAUGGGGUGGAUUCAGGGGAUGAGGAGCGUUAGGGGCGUUAUGGGAGUCUUGAGGCAGAGGGGGCUGAUGGGGAGGGAGGCAUUUGAGGCAAUUGCUAGUGUUGCUGGUCAUGGGGUUGGUGGAGUGAUGGAGGACAUGGGAGAGUGGGAGCGUAACAUGCCGCCUGUGCUCCAGCCACUCCUCUCGAACCCGCGUUACACGGGAGCGAUUCGACAAUUGCUAUGGCUGAGACAAUCUGGAGCCGGAGCUAGCUUAUCCCAGAUUCUGGCGUGGCCGACGGUACUUGAGGAGGAGUUUAUUCGGGCUCUCCAAGAAGGGCAUCAUGGUGCUUUACUGGUCGUGAGGGAGUAUUAUGGCAUACUGAGGGGGUUGAGGCAGGUGCCGUGGUGGGUCGAAGGGCUGAAGGCGAGAGCCGGGAAAUAG